AUGUACAUCCCCUCAGCGCAAAGCGUUCUCACAGCGGGACUCGCUCUCACCGGCAAUCUCAGAGGACCACGCACCAUAGCCUCAGGCACGGUCCUCGACUACGCGCCCGGGACCUGCAAAGACGCCUCGGGGCACGCGCGCUGCACGCCGCCCUUCAUCGUCGCGAAGUCGACGUGCUACCGGCUCGAGUGGACGACCGAGGGCGCGCUGACGCACACCACGGCCGAGGUGCGGGACGCCGGGUCCGACGAGCUCGUCUUCUACCGCGACACCGACGGGGAGUGGACGCCCGAGUCAGGGGAGCUCGUCUACCUCGACUUCAAGCCCAAGGUCCCUGCGACGGGAAAUCAGACAGUGACUUAUAUGGUUAGGACUUGUGAGUGA